UGCAGGUGCAGAAGUGACGCCAACUUCACAAAGCAUUUCGCUACUUUUGCUGAUGAUGACACGUAGCUAUAUCCACUUACACAUCGACAAAAACGAAGACCUACUGGAUUUCUACACUUAUUCCUGUACCUUCGCAAAAAUUAGAAAAUUGUUAAAAUUCAGUAGCAACACAGAAGAGGCAAAAUAUGAACAAUGAGAUGAAAAACACCGAGGAGAAGGAAAACGAAGACGUUCAGUCACGUGAUGAUAACGUCAAUGAAUAUGAUCAAGAAGAUUCGAAAAAAUUACAUCUUCGCCCCCUUGCUAGCACGAGCCAGCAGUGUUCACAACGACAACCCAGCAAAGAUGCAGAAAAUAGUGCAUCUAAAAGUGCUACCCCUAGCAGAGGCAGAAGCAGAGGCAGAGGCAGAAGCAGAAGCAGAGGCAGAGGCAGAGGCAGAAGCAGAAGCAGAGGCGGAAUGAAACAGCAACACGAAGACAUCAUACAGACCAACUGGACAUAUCUCUUAAAGGAGAUUGACGCUAAAGAUCUAAAAGACCAUAUGUUUGAAAAAAACAUACUCGAUCAAGAUGACCUGGAUGAAAUUCGAAGUGAAAAAACAAGGAAGAAAAGAACUGAAACAUUUAUGAAUAAACUAUUGAGGGCAGGUCCGGAUGCAUAUGAUGUGUUUAUUGCAGCGCUUGAGAAGGCAGGCUACAACCAAGCUGUGGAAAAACUAAAAAAAGGUUUUGUUUGAUUAAUAUGGAAGGCUGGAGGUGACCGACUUCACGAGAUGUGAACCAACUUUGAUGCAGGACAGAUUCGCAAGCCACGUGCGUCGGAUGUGACUUUUGUUUAGUUAACAACUAUUCGACUUUGAAACUGAUUUAAUUCAAAUUUGUCAAAGUGAUUUGUUUUUGUAAAAAGUAGAAUCAUGAUUGAUUAAUGUGUGUAAACUGAAGAGAUUUUAGAAAUUAAAUAUGUAUUUUAUUUUA